UUCUCGGCUUCUAGCCCUUUCAGUAUUUACCAUGGCGGUUACAUCAGCAUUCGAUUGCAAUCAAAUUCUAUCGGAUACCGAAAUUAAAUUUCUCAAUUGGGAAAAACUAGAGGAGUGUGUAACAGAAAUUGGAAGGAAUCCAGUCGAUAGAAACUCAAGUGAACGCAUUUGGCAACUGAUUAAAAAUGCCAAUGACGGAAUCGAAAAUAUUUCCCCUUUGGCUUACAAGAAUAUGGGAAAUCUCGUAACUGGUAUUCCUUUGGAUGAUUUACGUAACAUCACCAUAGAUGUUGUUGAAAUUGUCAAAGCAUUUGGAUCGGUGCAAAAAGGUUUCACCGAUGAGCAGAUGACUUUGAUAGCACAAAAAGUAAGUAACGAAUGGCCAAAUAAGAACCCCAGGACAUAUUCCGAGUAUGAUUUGAUAUCGAUGGGUCAGAUUGUGUGUUAUCUUAAUCGAUCGGAUAUAGCUGCAAUUCAUGCUGUGGCCUUGAGAUAUUCUGCUGAAUGGAUUGGCAGUUUGGAAAACUGUCCUGCCGAUAGAAUUGAAGCUUUUGCAAGAUUAGCCGUACAAGAUAAUGCAUUUGGCUCACCAUCUAAUUGGUCAACACUCGAUGUGAGCAUAAUGGGAAAUAUUAUAAAAGGACUCACUCAAUCAGAAAUUGAAUCGAUCAGCAAAGAGAAAUUACGUUUCAACAAGCAUUUUAGAAUUUACACAAAUCGUCCCAAUUCCACAAGAGCUGACAAUUCUUCUCAAAAGGCGGACCAAGCAGAUGGCUCGAAAAAAUCUGAGCCCGAUAAAAUGACAGAUCAAAUAUCGAAUUGAAACUCAAGACUUUUUACAAAUAAAAGAUUAUAAAUAGUACUUAAAAUUUAAAUAGUUCACAUACGCCUAGGUGUACCGUUCAAAUUAUGGCAUUGUUAGAAAAAUGUUUCUUCGGAGCAUUUCGGAUGAUUAUCAUUUUCAAACAACACUUCGUUAAAUUCUUAAGUAGUUCAGUAGUUAAUUAGUUAUUGAAAACUUUAUUUAGCACAAAAUAAUUUUUAAUUAACAAUUCCAUCUUAAGUUUAGUAUGGUUUGGCCAAAGGCCGUCUACCAGAUUGACAGUUUUAAGUUCAAUCAUUUAAUACUAUAAUAUACAUAAUACUUAUUUGUUAGAUUAAAAGUCUCCUUCUAUUAUACAUUUUCUGUAUUUCAGCGCCGUUGUUAUAUAUUUCCCAACCAAAUUUUCCAUUCAAGAUAUCGAUGAGAGCAUCCAUAUCCAUCAAAGUAACACCAAAAUGACUAUCCCGGAAUUCUUUUAGAAUGGGACAUGAAAUGAUAUAUACCCUCUCUCUACUUAAGGUUGCAAAAAUCACACAAAAUUGGAAGGUCCGGUUGAUGUGGCAUAAAGUUUAAAUUGAUUAUUUCGCCUCGUGCU